AGGUAGAGAGUCGCACAUCAUCUAACCAGACACAUAUGUGACUGAGAACACACACACACAGCCCAGCACACACAUUCUAAUGUAUAAUUUGUGUGUGUGUGUGUGUGUGUGUGUGUGUGUAUACACCAGAGGGGGCUUGUGGGAGGAGAUAUAGGUGGACGGGCUCUUUGUAAUGCCUGGAAUGGAAUCAGUGGAAUGGUACCAAACACAUCAAAUACAUGGAAAGAUUGACUCUGUUCCAAUGAUUCUAUUCCAGCCACUACAAUGAGCCCGUCCUCCUAAAGCUCAUUCCACCAGCCUCCUCUGGUGUGUGUGUGUGCGUGCGUGCGUGCUUGACUCUGCUUGUUAUGAUUCCCAGAAGGGGAGUAUAUGAUUUGAGGGGAAUACCAGGCAGCAGUGCAACGGAAGUGUAGAGUCACCCCAUCUGCUGCUGUUUCAGUUACUGAUACAUAUAUACCUCUCCUCUCUCUCUCUUUCCCUCUCUUUAUUUCUCAAUCAUUCCCUUUCUCCUCCCUCUGUCUCCCACCUCUCUCUCAUCUCUCCCUCUCGCUCCCUGUCCUUGCUCCAAUGACUUCUCUCUGGACUCAAGACCCACACUAUGACCUGAGCAGGAGGCAACUGAAGUGGCUGAGAACCGGUCAACGUUUUGGGGCUAAGAGAGGGCCUGGACGACCCAGGAAGAACCCUCUAGCCUCCCCUUUGGUCUCCCCCUUACUCUCUCCUACAAGCCAACCAAACCCUCCAACUGAGACAGACGUCCAGAACAGAGACAGAAACAGAGGAAGAGGAGGAGGAGAUUCAGUACAAGAGGUGAUUGAAGCUGUGAUUCAGAGCCAGAGGAGGAGAAGACGGAAGAGGAGGCACAUUGAGAAAGAGGAGGUCGAGCAUCCAUCCUGUCUCCAAAGUUCUGGUGAAGGUGAGCCAGUCACCCACACCCCCUCCAUAUGCACAGGCCAAUCAGAGCUAACCCAAACUCCAUCCCUAACCCCGGCCAGCCAAUCAGAUAAGGGAGCUGACCAGCUGCCUAGGAAGAGGUUUCAGAGAGCGGGGCUCUACUCAGAUGACUACAAAACUACAGAUCCCUCCUCUCAGAACCAACUGAACAGAGAGAGACUGGAAUAUACACCAGGACAACAAGACUACAGCCUCCUGCCUGCUCCCAUACAUGUUGGGAAGUACUUAAGAAUGAGACGUAUUGACUUUCAGUUGCCCUUUGACGUCAUGUGGCUCUUCAGGCACAACCAGCUCCACAAAGAGCCAGAUGUUCCUCUGACCAGAGAGAUCUCAUCCUACCAACCAAAAGAGAAGAGCCUGUCCAGUCACCAGACAGGGGUGUCCCUCCCUCCCUCUCCCCAGGAGGAGUGUUCCAGUCCCAGUAAGAAGCUGUUUCCCUACCUGGACAUGGAGCCUAUGACCACCAGUGACAGGGUGUUCGUCCUGAAGCACCGCGUGUUCCUUUUGAGGAACUGGGAGAGGGUCAGAGACAGACAGAUACGCCUGAGGAGGGGGAGAGAGGGGGAACGAGAGAAAGAUGGAGGAGGAGUUUCCAGCUAUGUAGCUACUGGGGACAACAACAGCCACAUCAUGUCAGGUCGACAAAUGGCGGUGAAGAAGAAGGUUGUGUGGACUAGUGAGCCCCUUCGUGAUCCCCAGUGCCCCCAUAACCUCCUCAGCACCACGCCCCAUCUCACUGAGAACAGACAAGAGGAGAAAAAACAGGUGGAGGAGGAAGAGGAGGGCUGGAGGGAGGUCCGGAAGGAGCGACUGAACAACAUACUCCUGAAGCUGCGGCAGACAUGAUUGGUGAGAGAGGACAAGGAAGGAAGGAGGGGGGGAAAUCUCAGCUUAGUCUCUCUUCUUCUUCCAAGUAGCUCAGUUCAGCUAACUUUGCACUAGUGUUGGGGGGAAAACACUUCCCUGAAAUGAUUUGUUAUAAAGAUGAUUUUGGGCUUUGUUUCUGAGAGGAAUGAGGGUGUAGUUGUUUACUGUACCAUUGAGAAUGAUUGUCUGACAGUCUGAUUUAAUAGUCAGAGAGGGCGGAAGGGAUGGAUGGAGACCAUAGAGUCUUAAGGCUGGAUUAAAUUCGUAUUGUGGAAGAUCUGCGUUGUAGCUCGAUUUAAAUGUAAAGGAAAUGUUCCCGUGUUCUCGCAGACUAGAUUCACGGUAAACGCUGCAUGUCGGCUCAAUCUGAAAUGACCAUGACAAUAACAUUUUUUACCCCCUUUUUUGUGAUAUCCAAUUACGAUCUUGUCUCAUCGCUGUAACUACCCAAUGGGCUCGGACAGGCGAAGGUCGAGUCAUGCGUCCUCCAAAGCGUGAUCCAAGCCACGCUUCUUAACACCUGCUUGCUUAACCCGGAAUGUAUUGGAUGAAACACCGGCCAACUGACGACUGUCAGCUUGCAGGUGCCUGGCCUGCCACAAGGUGUCGCUAGAGUGCGAUGAGCCAAGUAAAGGCCCCCCCGGGCCAAACCUUCCACCAACCUGGACAACCCCGUUGUUUGCUGCCCUAUGUUUUUCCGUGAAUUCAGUCUCCACUAACGCAGGAACAUUGCCUUUAAUGUUCCCUUCAGCUCUACGUAUUGAAUCGGGCCUUUAAUGUAAAAGUGCCAUGUUGUAAAUAAACUGACGCCUAAGUGAGUUCAAUCUCCAAAAGCAAUACGUCCUGUAAGGAUUUCAGUACAAUAACUUUAAUAUCACUACCAGUACCAGCUAGAGACCCUUCUAUGUAUCAAACCAAGUAGUUUUUAUUGCCUUAGUGAAUAUGAUCAUUUCAAGAUCGUUAUAUUGUACCAAUGAUAAUGCAGUAACAUUGACCUAAGUAAUGUAAUGAAUCAGUUUCAUAAUUGAUAGAUAAUAACUAAGCGUUAAAGUUAAUAGUCAAAGGCCUUCAUUUUGCUACAAAGUGUUAAACAUAACUGACCCAUGUUAAAUAUUGCAAUGAUUGUAUAUGCCUUUUCUUCACCUGUAUACUUUUUGACUGAUGGAAUGUUCUUUUUUAUUUGGUCAGACAAUCAGGAAAAUGAAUUGAAUCUGAGAUUUGUAACCGUUCAUUUGUACAGUUCUCUUUGGUGCAGUUUCUAGUUUGACUUUGAACACUAAGUUGAAUGUUUUAUAGUUGACCUGUGUAUUUGCCUCAUCAAUAUAGUGAAGGGUUAUUUAUGUAGUUUGCAUGAAAUGUAACUUUGGGCUGGAUUCAAUCCGUAUCGCGGAAGAUCACAUUAAAGUGUAGAGGUCAUUUAUGGUGAAUGCAGUCUCCACGAACGCGGGAACAUUGCCUUUAAAUGGAGCUAUAACGCAGAUCUCCCAUGAUACUUCUGCGAUGCGGUGAGAAUACAGCCCUUUGUUGUACAAUUGAAAUUGCUGCUUAUAACCUGUCUUUGGAGAAAAUACCACAGAGUUCAUCUGACAGAAUGUCAUUUCAAACAUUGACCUUAUUAUCAAUAACAAUAAAAUGGCGUUUUUGUUUACAAA